AAUAAUUCAUUUUCAAGUGAUUCAUAAAAAGCAUAUUAUAAUAAUAAUAAUAUAUAAAAGAGAGAAAAAAACUACUGGCUGAACUAUAUUUAGUAUAUCGCGUACAUGCAAUUUUGAAACCAUAACCUCAAAAUAAUGAACUUCAAUUGUUAAAUUCGUGUGAAUAUUUUAAUACAAUGGAGCCUAAAGAAAAUCAGAAAGUGGAUAAUAAAACACUUGUUAGUGAAAGUGAACAGGAAAUCAAAGGAAAUAUUGAAAAUGAAGAAAUAAUUCCAGGAUUUUCUUUGUUUGAUGAUUAUCUUAAUGAAGCAUUUAGUGUUAUAAAAAAUGGAAUCAGAGCAUCUAAUGGUUUACCCAUCGAAGAAAAUUAUAAUUAUUAUGAAUGUUUUCCAAGUUUCAAUAAAUCAAACAAUGACAGUGCGGGAAGACUAUUAAAGAUGAUGCAAAAAAUAAUUAAUUUGUCAGGAAUAGGUGGUAACAUAGGAAAAGGUGAUAUCGGAGAACAAUUUGAUCUUUUAUUGGAAGCAAAUGAUGUGUAUUUGGAUAAAGCUGGUUUGUGCAUGGAUGAAGAAAGUGGUAUUGUAAAGAAUCCUGAAAUAGAAUUAGUUGUAUCGCAAACUAGAAAGGAUACUAUAGCCGGUAGUUGGAAUAUGUCAUCAACGAUUAAGAAACUACCAUCAGAUGCAUCUAAAACGCAAGUUGUGCGUUUAUUGACUGCACAAAAUAUACAAAGACCGCAAUUAACUUUCAAAGACAAAAUUGAUAACAGUUUAAAACCUUGGGAACCUAAAAUCAAAUAUAAACCAAAUUCUUUAAAGCCUUUAGCUAUUUAUUUGGAAGAAACUGAAGAUGGAGAGGUAUUUUGUCAUCCAUAUGAUUUCGAAUUGAAUAAAUUUCAAGUACCAGAAAAUCAAUUACAAAAGAGAGAACCUGUUAAGUAUAAAGAAUUACAUGAAACCCCAUUGAUUAUGAUAAACAAGCCAGAAGAUAUCAAAAUGUUAUUAGAUGAUUUAAAGAACUAUCAAGAGAUCGCUGUUGAUUUGGAACAUCAUUCUUACAGAAGUUUUCAAGGUAUAACUUGUUUAAUGCAAAUAUCAACUGUAGAUACAGAUUAUAUAAUUGAUACGUUGGUAUUAAGAUCAGAAUUACAUGAACUCAAUGAGAUUUUUACCAAACCUACUAUUCUAAAAGUAUUUCACGGAGCAGACUAUGACAUUCAAUGGCUUCAAAGGGAUUUGUCUUUAUAUGUGGUAAACAUGUUUGAUACUCAUCAAGCUGCUAAACAACUUAAUUUACCAUAUUUAGGUUUAGCUCAUCUUUUAGAAAGAUUUUGUAAAGUAGACUCAAACAAACACUUUCAACUUGCUGAUUGGCGUAUAAGACCUUUACCUGAUGAACUUUUAAAAUAUGCAAGAAAAGAUACGCACUAUUUAUUGCACAUAAAAGAUGUAUUGAGAAAUGCAUUAAUUGAUUCUUCAAAUGGAAAGACUAACAUUUUAAAGGCUGUAUUUGAUAGAAGUACAGAGUUAUGUAAGCAAACUUAUAUAAAACCAAUAUGGACAGAAGAAAGUUAUAUGGAUAUGUAUAGAAGAAGUAAAAAAAUCUUUAACAAUAAGCAACUUUAUGCUUUAAAAGAAUUACAUAAAUGGAGAGACAUAACGGCUAGAGAGGAAGACGAUAGUACUGCUUAUGUUUUACCAAAUCAUAUGCUUCUAAACAUAGCUGAGGCAUUACCACGUGAGGUGCAGGGCAUUUCGGCUUGUUGCAAUCCAGUUCCAACUUUGCUUAAACAAAAUGUAUAUAAACUUCAUAAAAUUAUACUCAAAGCACGAGAUCAACCUCUCAUAAGACCAGUGAAAGAAACCGAUAUUAGACCACGAUUUGUUCAAAGAAACCAUGCACUAAACUCAGAUGCUUGGACGUACUCUCCUCAUGACAUACCAAGCAAUGCAGAAGCUAGAGCCGAUUUACCUUGUCUUUUGGAUAAUUGCAAAAUAACAGAAAAAUUAUGCAACAAUAAUAAAAAUAAUUUCAAGGAAACUAAAACUGAUUUACCUUGUCUUUUAGAUAAUUGCAGAAUAACAAGAAAUAUAUAUAAAAAUAAUACAAAUAAUACAAAUCAUAUUAUUAGAGUAUUUGAUAGUUCAGAAUCAUCAGAGGAUGAACAAUCAAUUUCUGAUAAAACGAGUCAAAAUAGAAACAAAAAAUUCAUAUUCAUUAGUCCCUAUGAAAGAUACAAACGUGUAAUACCUAUGGUAGCUGAACAAGAAGAAAAAGAUAGACAGAAACAAGAAAAAGAAGAGGAAGAAAGAUUAAAUGAAAUAAGAAACAAAGAUGAAUCUUUGAUAUCUGUUUCUGAUGAACAAACUUCAUCGAAUCGAAGUCCAAAGCCUAAAAAAAAGAAAAUGUGUAUUCCUUUGAAAGAAAUGCCUGGUAGAAAAAGAAAGAAAGAUCUGUCUAUGAAUGAUACAUCCGAAGAAUUGUCCAAUAGUAAUAUGUUUACACCAAUUCCUUCCUUGAAUAAAAAGAUAAAACAGGAUGUUAGGAGGACCAAAGACACAACGAAUGAAAGAAAUAAACAAAUAACUGUAGAAACCGCUCCUUCUAAUGAUAUUAUCAAACCUUUGAGGCAACGUAAAAAAGGAGAGAAAAAGAUGAAUGAAAAGGAAUUAAGACAGAAAGGAAUGUUACCUGCAGAAAAGUUUGAUUAUAAAUCUGUUGAUUUUAAUAAUGUUUUCCAAGGUGGUAGUACCACAAAUGACACACGUCGGACGAACUUUGUACAACCUAAACAACGUAAGAAGAAGAAUAAAAAAGGAAAGUUUAGUGUGUUCCUUAAGUGUUUAAAUUUCAUGAUGUUACUAUAUAUAGUAUUAACGAUUAUAUUAAAUAAUGUUUUAAUUGUUAACAGCAAGAAUUUGUACAAUAAAACUGUCAAUUUGUCAAAUGAAAAAUUAUCAAAUUAUACUUAUACAUGGGUAAACAAAACUCAUGAUGAUUUAGUUGAUUAUGCAUUUCGUAGCGAUCAAGUAGAUUGUCUUGGUUUAGGAAUAACUCUUGCGAACACUUUAUCAUGGUUUUUCUCUGAUAAAGCUAAUGGAACAAAUGCAUUAGAUGUUAGAUUUCUUUUAUCAUCGAGAAAUCAACCAAACAGAGUACAAGUUUAUAUUGGCAAACAGUUUGGUCUAGAAUGGACGGAUUUUAAAAUUGAACGUAAAACUAUUAUAAUAGUACAUGGAUUUUUAUCUCACAGUGAAGAAGAAUGGAUUACCGAAAUGGAGAAAGCAUUGCUCCAAUGGAACGACGUUAAUGUAGUAGUUGUUGAUUGGAGCGCAGGAGGUAAUACGUGGAAUUAUUAUAAAGCUGCCGUUAAUACCAAAGUAGUUGGAUAUCAAAUUUCAAAAUUUUUAGAACAUAUUAUAAAUGCGACAACAGUUACAUCUAAUUGGGGUACUAUACAUUUAAUUGGUCAUAGUCUUGGAGCACACAUUUGUGGCUUUGCUGCAAAAGAAUUUCAAAAGAGACAAAGUAAUUGGAUCAUUCAUAGAAUUACUGGUCUAGAUCCAGCGCAGCCAUGUUUCAGAAAUACCUGUCCUUCUCUUCAUUUAGAUAAAACGGAUGCACCAUUUGUCGACGUAAUACACACUAAUGGAAAAUUACUCUCCAAUCUGGGUUUAGGUUUACCAGAGCCUAUUGGUCAUGUAGAUUUCUAUCCUAAUGGUGGAAAAAAUCAACCAGGUUGUCUUGAAUCAAACAAAACGUAUUUUGACUAUUUACCUAUUCCUCAAAGAUAUAUUCAUCAAACAAUAUGCAAUCAUGGUCGUUCUUAUAUAUAUCUUAUCGAAUCUCUGUUAUUAACUUCUACAAAGAAUUGUAAAUUCUGGUCACAUUAUUGGGACUUGACGUAUAAAAAUAUAGAAAAAAUAAUAUCCGAGCCAUGUAACAGGGAUGUUUGCAUUGAAAUGGGUAUUGAAGCAGAGAAUUAUCCUCAUCGUGGGACUUUCUUUCUAUUUACUAAUAAUAGUUCACCAUAUUGCGUUAAUGAAACAGAAUUACCAGAAGAAGUGAAGAAUCAAUUGAAGAUUGACUUUAAUGAUGAGCUUAACGAUUAAAAGAGAGAAAAAGGAA